AGACAUAAAUCAAGGAUGAGGCCAAGAAGACCUAAGAAACCGAGACGACCUAAACGACCGACGGUUUCUAGCAAGAUCUACCUCCCUGUCCCCAGACCUCCAUUUAGAACAGUCGACUUGUAUUCAGUCAAGGCAAAAACAGCUGCAGAACCACACAGUGGGGAGUGGAUCAGAUUGCGUGGGAAUUCUACAUAUGUGAAUUCAGGACGUGUGGAGGUUUAUCGACGUGGACAGUGGGGUAUUGUCUGUGAUGACGAAUGGGACCUGAAAGAUGCAACUGUCACCUGCAGACAGCUUGGCUUCAAACAUGGAGCUGCGUCUGCCCCACACAACGCCAAGUACGGCUACGGUAACUACACGGAAGACGAUGUGCUCAUGGACCAGGUGUCGUGCACCGGGCUGGAGCGCCAUCUGCAAGAGUGUCAUUACAACACACAUCAUGACUGCAAACAGCAUGAAGCGGCAUCGGUCGUGUGUAAAGUCAACAAAGGUUGCCCGACAGACUGGAUAUCAGGGUAUGGCAGCUGCUAUAAGUUUUUUGGAGGAGCAAAAAACCUGCGAGAUGCUAGCAACAAGUGUUUGCAGCUUGAUGCCAGCCUGGUGAACAUCGAAACGGAAGAAGAAAACAAUUUUCUCUCCAACAUUUUAUCCCAGACUGUUCGAGAUACAAAAUGGUGGUAUACUGGUGGUAAAAGAAUUAAAAAGUUGUGGAGCUGGUACAGGACGUCAAGAGUGACCGUAGUGAGACGAGGACGAACUAUCAACCGGCUGAGGACAAGAAAGUCUCCUAUCAAAUUCAGCAAAUGGUUUCCUGGCUGGCCGCCAAGUGCUUAUAACGAACAACCAUCGAGCCAUCGCCGUCACAACUGCCUUGUUUUGAGUAAUAUCUACCAUCACCAAAGUGGAAACCCAAACACCACCAGCUACUUCUUCUGGUCGGCCUACCCAUGCAUACUGCGAGGGAGAACUCUCAACUUCAUCUGUGAGAAGCAGGCUGACCCAGAACCUAAAGAAUGCUACACUGGAGAUGGUUCCGACUACCGGGGUUUGAUGGCUGUCACAAUGAAAGGCACACCGUGUCUCAAGUGGACUAAUUCUGUAUCAGUCCACCCUACUGACUAUCCAGACAAGGGUCUUGGAAAUCAUAACUACUGUCGUAACCCUGACGAUGACGCUAAGCCAUGGUGCUGGGUGAACCAUGAGCUUCUCAAGUUUGGAUAUUGUGCUAUCCCUGAGUGUUCAGAACAAGCAAGUACAACCAUCGCACCUGUUGCUGAAGAACCUUGGGGUCCUGACUGCCCAUUGAAGGAGUUUUUCUGUAAAAAGACAACAAUAUGUAUUCCUGAAGACUACCGGUGUGAUGGUGAAAUCGACUGCGAGUAUGGAGAGGAUGAAGACAACUGUGCAUAUGUUAUUGUGCAGUUCAGAAAGUAUUCGAACAAAGAAGUCAUGUCUAUUCAUGCUAAUGCAACAUACAUUAGUAUUACCCUGGAAAUGUGUGCUAAGCAUUGUUUAAACUCCCGUCACUUUGUUUGUCGAUCCCUACUGUAUAUGCUAGACAGGGGCGAGUGUGUUAUAACAGACGUCAACCUACAGCUAGCUGGAGGUCUUCGAAACAGCACCAAGUUCGAUUACUUUGAACUAAUAUCACAAGCAGCUAACUGCACUAACAUGUUCCGAUGCAGUAACGGGAAGUGCAUUUCUCUCACUGAUGUCUGUAAUCACCAUGACGACUGCAAUGAUUUCUCGGAUGAAACAAACUGUGGAGAGCCAGCAUCCCUGGAAGUGAGACUUGUAGGUGGUGAUGAACAUUCUGGAACUGUGGAGGUCAAAUACAUGGGAGAAUGGGGUAUCAUAUGUGAUGAUGACUGGAACAUUGAAGACAGCCAUGUUGUCUGCAGGAUGCUGGGAUACAAACAAGCUGUCACAGAAAUAACUAUGGCUGAAUUUGGACAGGGAAAUGGAAACAUCUUGCUGAGUAAUGUUGGCUGCUAUGGUAAUGAGACGAGCCUGGCCGAGUGUACAAAGCCACCCUGGCGGAGUCAUGACUGCCAUGCUUAUGAAGCUGCUGGGGUGAUCUGUGCGGUGGAUAAAGGAGAGCCAGCACCACUGGAAGUAAGACUUGUAGGUGGUAUUAAUGAACGUUCUGGAACUGUAGAGGUCAAAUACAUGGGAGAAUGGGGCAUCAUAUGUGAUGAUGACUGGAAUAUUGAAGACAGCCAUGUUGUCUGCAGGAUGCUGGGAUACAAACAUGCAAUCCGAGAGAUCACGCAUUCUGAAUAUGGACGGGGAAAUGGAAAAUUCUUACUGAGUAAUGUUGGUUGCCUUGGUAACGAGACGAGCUUGGCCGAGUGUAGAAAACCACCCUGGUAUAGUCACGACUGUGUUGCAAGUGAAGCCGCAGGUGUGAUCUGUGCGGUUGAUAAACAAGCUAGUACAAGCACCACAGUUCGUUCUACAACCACAAGUACUAGAUCAACCCCAACAACCACCACCACCACCACCACCAUCACCACUACUACCAAUUCUUCUAUCACCAUGGCACCACUUAAAGUGCAUCUAGUUGGUGGAUCGUCUCGUAACGAGGGCCGCAUUGAAAUCACGUAUCAUGGAGUACGCGGCACAGUCUGUGACGACUUGUGGGGCGACCAAGAUGCAACAGUGAUCUGUAACAUGCUGGGAUACAGUGGCGGUGGUGUAGCACUAGGCAAGGCAGUGUUCGGUCAAGGGUCUGGACCCAUACUGCUGGACGAUGUUGAGUGUCGGGGCACGGAAUCUUCCAUUGAAGACUGUGACUUCGGUGUGUGGGGCAAUCACAACUGUGAUCAUAGCGAAGAUGCAGGAGUUAGGUGUCACAUGCACACUACAAAAGCUCCCACAACUGUUACACCCGAACCAAUCAAAAUAGAACUUGUUGGUGGGUCGUCGCCAAGUGAAGGUCGAGUUGAGAUAAUUCGGAACCGGAUUCGGGGAACAAUCUGUGAUGAUGACUGGGAUAACACAGAUGCAUCUGUUAUCUGCAAGAUGUUGGGCUUCAGUGCUGGUGGAAUAGCGUAUAAAAAAGCUCAUUACGGCACGGGGGCCCUGACUUCACCCAUCUGGCUGGAUGAUGUCAAAUGUGGGGGCUGGGAGAAGUCCAUAUUGGAGUGUUCCUGUAGUCGGUGUGUCGGCACGCUCGAGUUUAGCCCUAGAGCAUGGAAUAAAUCCAACUGUAACCAUGGCGAGGAUGCUGGGGUCAAAUGCACGGUACCAGCCAAGUCGUCUUCUACUGCACGCCUCAGUCUGGUUGGUGGACAGUCUGACAGAGAGGGUAGAGUUGAGAUAAUCCGCGGUGGGGUUCGUGGAACUGUGUGUGACGAUGGCUGGGAUGACAGGGAUGCCACGGUUGUGUGUAGAAUGAUGGGAUUCAGAUAUGGUGGGACUGCGAAGAAAGAGAACUUUUUUCCUGGUGGGAAUGAAGCGAGUAAAAUCUGGUUAUCACAUGUGGACUGUGAUGGGACUGAGGACAACCUUGGUGAAUGUCGACUUCCCGACUGGGGCGUUCACAAGUGUACACACAGUGAAGACGCGGGAGUCAUAUGCCACUCCAAACCAACCACCAACACAACAGAAUUACAAUGUGGCCAGCGUCCAUUGUGGUCUAAAAAACGUUGGAAAAGAAGCACAGCAAAUGAAACGAUAAUCAAAGUAAAACCAGCUCACUUUUCUAAAAUUGUCGGGGGCAAUGAAGUGGAGUAUGGCUUGUACCCUUGGCAAGCUGGCAUUAGGAAAGUCUACAGCGUCUAUAGGGAUGGUACAGUGACAACAUUUCAUUGGUGUGGUGGCACCAUUUUAAAUAAGAUGUGGAUCAUCACUGCAGCCCACUGUUUUAAAUCACUACGAAGAGAUCGCGUCCGUAUUACGAUCGGGGAUCACCACCAAAAGAAGAGAGAGCGGGAAGAACAGGUGUUUGAAGUGCAGCACCUCAUUCCUCAUGAGCGAUAUAGCAGGGUUACAAAUGAUUUCGACAUUGCUUUGAUAAAACUGAAGCCGAAAAAUGGACGAGGAAUCCGAUUUAGCGACUAUGUUCAGCCAGCCUGCCUUCCAUCAGCGUCAACAAGAUACACCGUGGGGAUGAGGUGUCUCAUUUCUGGCUGGGGAGACACAAAAAGAGGAGGGAGCACACAAAUCCUGCGAGCGGCAGUUGCGCCGUUACUGUCACAUAAUACCUGCAGACGGAUGUACAAGAAUGCAAUCUCGUCACGGAUGAUGUGUGCUGGGUAUGUCGAGGGUGGAAUAGAUACUUGUCAGGGAGACAGUGGUGGCCCGUUAGUGUGUGAAGUAAACGGUUUGUACACCCUGCUUGGUGUGACAUCGUGGGGUAAUGGAUGUGCAAAGCCAUACUCGCCUGGCGUGUAUUCCAACGUGAAAAUGUUUCUGCAGUGGAUAGCACAUACUGUGCAAAAAUAUUCAUAGCCUGAACUGUUUGACAUUUUGUUACUUCAUUAACUCCCAUGGAGAGACACAUGGUUUUAUUCCACAUAUUGUGUUUGUGAAAUUAUUAAAAUUGCUGAGAAUUAAAAAA